GGCUUUCCCCCAUCCUUCAUUAGCAUUGCUGACGCCGUCAGGCUAUAAAAUGCGAGCUCCGAGCCCGCUUUCCUUUAAUCUGUGUCUGAAAGUGACCGUCGCUAUGGCAGAUGAGAAGAAAGCGCAGCCAAUUUCCAAGAAGGGCGCGAAAAAUAUCAUCAAGAAGGCCCCAGGCAAAGGCAGCAAGAAAAGAAAACGAUCCCGGAAAGAAAGUUACUCCAUCUACAUCUACAAAGUGAUGAAGCAGGUUCACCCCGACACCGGCAUCUCCUCCAAGGCCAUGAGCAUCAUGAACUCGUUCGUCAACGAUAUUUUCGAGCGUAUCGCGGGGGAGGCUUCCCGCCUGGCCCAUUACAACAAGCGCAGCACCAUCAGUUCCCGGGAGAUCCAGACCGCCGUGCGGCUGCUGCUGCCCGGGGAACUGGCCAAGCACGCUGUGUCGGAGGGUACAAAGGCGGUGACCAAGUACACUAGCUCCAAGUGAGACACCACAGUGUGUUGACAAAAACACACAUCCAAAAGCCAACGGCUCUUUUAAGAGCCACCCACAAUUUCAUUGAAGCAGCUGAACCAUUUUAAGUUUGUAAUUGAUUUUGGGUCUGUAUAAUUGAUGUCCCUAAGCUUUGUGUUUUUUUAUAAACGUUCUAAAAAUUAACGCGUGUUCCCUGACUCCCUGUCCUUUAUUCUCGGUUGCGGACAUACCCAGUCUCUUUACUUUGCCUGGAUAUUUAUCGCUAGAGUCAUUUUUCAGCAACUUCCGUAUGUUCCAGUUACUCUUUAAUCCUUGAUCAGGGCAGCAGCUACAGUG